AUGCCUCUCCGGCCUCUCCAAAUACUCCAAGCCGCCCUGGCAUUAUGUCUCCUUAUCACCCUCUACCAAUGCACAACACCCGGAACCCCAUCAUCACAACUCGAAGCUAAAGUGCAACCACCAUCCCAACUCACACCCCCCAACACAGAAAUCUUCAUCCCUAAAACCAUCCACCAACUCCUCCUCUCAAUGCCAGGCCACCCCGUCUCCGCCUUCCACCCGACCUCCCACAGCAUCUCGUGGCAGCAAUCCGGCUGGAAAGUCGAGUACUGGUCCGAGGCGGCGUGCGCGCAGCUCGCCCAUGAUGCUGACCCGGACGCCGUGCGCGGGUACGCUGCGGCUUUCAGGAGAUUUCCGUCCGCGGUGCUCAGGUCGGAUUUCUGUCGGUAUUUGAUUCUGUUUGUGCGGGGUGGGGUGUAUAAUGAUUUGGAUGUACGGUUGGUGCGGGGGUUGCCUUGGGGGGUUAUGCUUGGGUCUCAUUCUGGGGAAACACUUCCUCCCGCCGUGAUCAUCGGAAUGGAAGGCGACGCCUCGACGACGGGCCUGCCGCGCUCGCCGCAGUUCGUGCAGUGGACCAUGGUCUCGACGCCGGGGCACCCGAUCUUCGAGGGCGUGUUGCGCCGUAUCGUCGAGCGGACGGACGCGUAUCUGCGGCAGUGGGAGGAGGAUCCGGGCGCGGACGUCAACGUCAUGGAUUGGACGGGCCCGAGUGUCUGGACCGAUGCGGUGCUCGAGUACCUGGACUGCGAUGAGGCCAUGCUGCGCACCCUGCAGGACCUGAAGGAGACCGUUCGCAUCAAGGAUGUGGUUGUGCUGCCCAAGCGCGGGUUCGCGAUCACGCAGGGCGAGGACCACAGCUCGCCUGACGUGUUGGUGAAGCAUUAUUUCUCUGGGACGUGGAAGACGACGGAUUGUCGGGCUUGGUGGAGAUGGAUCGGUCGGUGUUGA